AUGCGUUAUUCACCUCUUCUAUACCUGGCACCCUUUGCCGCAGCCAUUACUCUCGAUACCAGUUCGGUGUCUUCGAUCGAGUCGGCCACUUCGAGUGUUGCUCAGGAUAUGAUGUCCUACUACACCGGCAAUCAGCCUGGCCAAGUACCUGGCCUGCUGCCGGGCUCUUUAAGCUGCAAUCCUAAUGUUGAGGGCACAUACUGUUGGUGGGAGGCAGGUGCCAUGUGGGGAGCGUUGAUAAACUACUGGCAAUAUACAAAUGACACGACCUAUAACAACCUGACUAUUAAUGCAUUGCAGUUCCAACGAGGUCCCGACAACAACUACAACCCUCCCAACCAGUCAAGAAGUAUGGGUGUCGACGACCAGGUCUUUUGGGCAUUUUCUGCCCUGGACGCCGUGGAAUCAAACUUCCCCGAAGCCGGUGGUGACAACCCCUCCUGGUUGUCUCUUGCUCAAGCCGUGUUCAACUUUCAACAUGACCUGUGGGAUCCUCUGACCUGUGGAGGUGGGUUCAGAUGGCAGGUGUUUUCGUUCAACGCCGGGUACAACUUGAAGAACUCGAUCUCCAAUGGAGGCAACUUCCAACUGUCUGCUCGUCUCGCCUACAUCACUGGCAACUCGACCUAUGGGGACUGGGCCAAUAAAGUAUGGGACUGGAUGGAAUCAAGUCCGCUGCUGCAGACCGACGCCAACACAGGAACAUUCUAUAUCUGGGACAACACCGACAGCAACAAUAACUGUACUGACGUGCAGAACUUUGUCUGGAGUUAUAACUAUGGCACCAUGCUUUCCGGCGCCGCCUACAUGUACAACUUCACCAACGGAAGUGAUCUCUGGCUGAACCGUGUCGAAACCAUCUUAAACAGCACCUACUCCCUCUUUUUCCCGCAAGAAUUCGGUGGCAAUAUCAUGUAUGAACUGGAAUGUGAGAAAUCUCUCAACUGCGACCAAGAUCAGAAGAGUUUCAAGGCAUAUCUUGCCAGAUGGAUGGCCGUCACCAGUGUCCUUGUUCCGAGCACAGCGGCCACCAUCAAGCCAAAACUGGCUGCAAGUGCCGCCGGUGCCGCCGGUCAAUGCGACGGAGGAAGCGAUGGCCGCACGUGCGGCCUGCAAUGGACCACGGCAACCUGGGACGGUACCAGUGGAGUGGGUCAACAGAUGGCUGCAUUAUCAGUUAUGGGAUCCAACUUGAUGACCGAGAACAUGCGACCACUCACCUUGAGAACGGGAGCGACUUCGAAGAGCGAUCCUAAUGCCGGUGUAGAUGCUCCCAGUAACCCAGCUGCCACUAGGGAGCCCAUCACCACCGCCGACAAAGCCGGGGCCGGCAUCCUCACGGUAUUGGUCAUUUGCGUUAUGGUCGGGGGCAGCGCUUGGCUGGUCUAUUGA